GCAAUAAAGAUACUUGGUUUGAUGCCAUUAACACCUGUUUAUUCAGCAAUAAGACUAUUUCAAAAAAUCGUUAUAACAACAUUAUAACAUGGUAUGGGGAGUUCAUGUAUACAAAAAGACAACACAUAGAUGACUCAGAUGACCCGAAAAUGAGGUGUGUUGCUUUAUUGAUAAAAAGUGCAGACCAAUCGAGUUUUUACCAGUACAGAAACUGUUCAGAUUUCUUACCAAUUCUUUGUAAAGAAGGAUCCAAUUUGAAUAAUGACAGUCUUUUUCCUGCAAAUUCAACAGAAUCUGCUUUCGGGAGCACAUCUGAGCCUAGUUCUGCAGCUAAAGGAAAAAUAGUCAUUGUAAACUUUGUUCUUGUUGGGUUGUGUAUUUUUGUUAUCAUGCUGAUCAUCUUAAGAAAACAAGUUAAUAUGCAGAAUUGCCAAACAGCAAAUCAGAAAUCACGGAGCAAUACUAUCAAUAAACAACCAAAGGCACACAGAGAUAGAAACAGUGUAAGGGACAAUGAAGAUGAAAAUAGAGCAGCUCGUUAUAAUGAGUCCUGGGAACUUCGUCACAAUAUCGUUCAGCUGGGUCAACUUGAUCAACAGGGUAUCAUAAAUGUUCAAUUGGAGGAAACUGAAACUUGAUCGUGUUAAUGUUUAGAUGAACUCAAUUGCAUUGAUAAUGUUUGUUUUUAAAUUGAAAAAUAUGUCUUCUUCCGUUAAAUUGUGACAAAUACAAAACGUACUUGAAUUAUUCAAAUUGACUUUACAAAUGCACUCAAAACCGGACAAGGUCAACUUUGCAUAAUUGAUUCUAUACUGUUUUAGUAUCUGGUUGCAUAUCAAACACUG